UUCCUAAGUCAGAGACUUUAGGACUCGGGACCUAGAACCAGAUGGUCCGGAGGAGAAGCAGCAGCCGCCGCCGCAGCAGGAUCUGAGCCAGCCCAGGUGGGCAGCACAGCUGGGAAGCCGGACCCAGCACCAGAGACCGAGGCAGGAGUUGCAGGCCCCCCACGUCACCUUUGGCAGCUUGAUCCUGUGGCUGGGGGGCCCCCCCUGCGCUGUCUCCUCCUCCCUGCACCCCCCCCGUUGCUUUCAUGCAACGCCUGGUGGCCUGGGACCCAGCAUGCCUCCCCAUCCAGCCACCCGCCUUUAAAUCCAUGGAAGUGGCCAAUUUCUAUUACGAGGCGGACUGUCUGGCUGCUCUGAGCAAGGUGCACCCGCGGGCGGCAGGGGGCCGCUCCAUGACUGAGUUCACCGUAGGGGACCACGAGAGAACCAUCGACAUCAGCCAUUACCUGGACCCCUUAGCAUCCCAGCCGCCGCCGCCGCAGCCGCAGCCUCCUCCUGCAGGAGCAGCAGCAGGGGGCAACUUUGAGCCUCCCUGCAGCAGCAACAGCAGCCAAGAUUUCCUCUCCGACCUCUUCUCCGAGGACUAUAAAGGCGGCAGCAAGAAGCCCGACUACACCUACAUCAGCCUGCCCAGGCAUUGCCACCCGGGCGCCGGCCAGGGCCAGAAGCUCGGGGGACUGCUGACUUGCUUCCCGCCCCAGAUCGUGGAGACCAAAGUGGAGCCGGUCUUCGAGUCCCUGGACUCUUGCAAAGGGCCCUGUAAGGAAGAAGGAGGCGCAGGGCCGGGGCCGGGGGGCAUGUCCUCCCCCUACGGCAGCACCAUGCGCUCCUACCUCGGUUACCAAUCGGUGCCAAGCGGCAGCAGCGGCAACCUGUCCACCUCGUCCUCUUCCAGCCCCCCCGGCACCCCCAAUCCGUCCGAUUCCUCCAAGUCUGGCGGCGGGGGCUACGCCGGGACCCCCGGGGGCAAGAACAAGUCCAAGAAGAGCGUGGACAAGCACAGCGACGAGUACAAGAUCCGCCGGGAGAGGAACAACAUCGCGGUGCGCAAGAGCCGGGACAAAGCCAAACUGCGCAACCUGGAGACGCAGCACAAAGUCUUGGAACUGACCGCCGAGAACGAGCGGCUGCAAAAGAAAGUGGAGCAGCUCUCCCGGGAGCUGAGCACCCUCAGGAACUUGUUCAAACAGCUGCCCGAGCCCCUGCUGGCCACAUCUGGCCACUGCUAGCCCCACCGCUGGACACUGCUAGAGCCGCAGUGGUUGGGGUUCGGGGGGAGGGAGAGGGAGAAAGGGCUUGAAUUUGGGGAAGGAGGAUGGGAGGGGGGAGGGGUGGAUCUGGUGGCUGCUUUUUCCCUCCCCUAUGAGGACAGAUUGGAUCGGGGAGGGGGAAGAAAUGGGGAGAGACUCAAGGUUUUUGUUUUGUUGUUGUUGUUGUCUUUUAUUUGCAAGUUGGUGGAAAAAUCUUCCGCCGUUUGUCCUAGGAGGGGGACUCUCCUGGCGGGCGCCGGAGUCCUCAGCACCGUGUGGCGGAAUGACAGUUGCCGAUGGUAAUUUUUUUUUUUAUGUUACAGUCCCACCGAGCCCCCCUUUCCCCGAAGCGGUCUCUCUGCAGAGUUUGUUGAAUGUUCGUGUUAUUUAAAACAGAGCGAGAGAGGGAGAGAAAAAGCAGAGAGUGAUGCAAUCCUUUAAACAUGGCUGGGAAUGCUGUGUACACAUGAUGCAAUCUCGUGUAACUGUCAGUCAUGAAUUGAGUAAUCUGUUAAAGAUGUUCCUGGGGUUUUUUUUAUUAUAAAGAAAAAUCUAUUUCUAUAAGAAAAAAACACAUAUGUAUAUUUUGGGAUCUAUAAACGUUCUUGCUACAUUCGAAGCAUUAAUGAACAAUUUUAAUAAACUUUAUGGCUAGG